UCCAUGGCUACCUGGAGGGAAGGAGCUGCGCGGAGACCGGACACUCACUCUCACCGGAGUUCAUGAUUAGCAAACUGAAGUGCCUAGAACAUGGCGUGGAACGGCGGACAGAACAGUAAUGGUGCCAAUAUCCGUUCUGAAAAUCAGUAUUCAUUACAGCAUACUCCAAACACACUUGCACCUGUGCAAAAACAAAUGCAAUGUGCACCUCAGAACGCUUGCAGUCAGAGUGGCAUGAAUGCAGAAAGAUUCUACUCCAAUCAAAACUCACAAGGGCGAUAUAUUGAAGGUUUGCUGACAGCAAAAACAAAUGAAGAUAUGUGUAGAUUAGAGAACACUAUUUUGGCUAUUUCACCAUAUGGUCAUACUAAUCAGAUUCCUCAGAAUAAGGGGUCUACUGUAUCCAACAAUGUGCCAGGCAAUCAGCUUGCUGUUGAGAGAGGAGCAUAUCAACCUCCCGACUACCCAACUCAGAAUCUUCAACGAAUGCAAAGAGCGAACUAUGUUGCCCAGCAGUAUGCCAACUUGUCAUCUCAACAACCAUCGAAGUCACAACAGCUACUACAAACAGCACCUUCAGUACAGCGUUAUAAUCCCAAUGGUAAUGCGGUUUCCAUCAAUUACCAUACAUUACCAUCACAAAGUUAUCAGCAGACUGUCAGUUAUGGAAAUGCUCAGAAUCGGGGACCACAACCAACUCAGAAUUUUGAUAAACCCAUUACAUAUGCUUCCUAUAGACAAUCCAGAAGCAAGGUUAACCAUUCCCAGACAAUUCUGCCAAAAGUGCCAACAUCAUCUCCGGCUCAGUAUAACAUACAAAAGGUAGGAGCUCAGGACUUAAAGUUGAGUUUCCCUUCCAAUAUUGCAAGUAAAAAUUCCAGUGAAUGUCUUCAGAAUCUGCAAACCUCAUUAAUGCCAAACUGCCAGACAGGGCAGUCGGAGGGCUCUGUUUUAGUUGAUAGGUCUUCAGAAAGUUACCAAAUAAAUACACAUAGUGCCUCUAUACCAAACCAGCCUGUUCACAAUCAAACAACUGUGAAUGCAUCACAGACAUUUAAUGUGCAGCAUGGACAGUCUUUUUCCACCCAAGCACAAAAUUACCUCCCACAGGCUGCUCAGCAACCAGUCGCAAAUAAUCCUGAACGGGCUCGCGAGUUGCAAAUGUUGCAAUAUAUUAAGACUUUGCCCCCAAACAGCAAAGCGAGAGAAGAGUUUUAUUUGCUAAUUAAUCUAUACAAAAAAGUCAAGCAAAACAUGUUUCAGUUGGUUUUGGAAGGAGAACGUAAAAUGCAAAAUGCGCAAUUGCCAGUCAGUGCUACACAAGAAGUUGUAAGUUCCUAUACCGAAGCUGAACUGAAAUCUGUUUUAAUGCAUCAGCCGAUGGUAUCCAACGUUCCAGUACCACCUGCAAGUUGUAGGGCACAACAACAAAAUGUGACGCAAAGUCCCUCAUUUCAGAUGAGGGGAAAUGGAAACCAAGCCAAUCACUCUUCCUCGCAGAAGCUUGAACCUCCGAGUCAAACCUAUAACUCUGAAGGGUGGAAUGUAAAUGCUCAAGCUUUGUAUUCUGUGUCUGGUCAGCAGAAUCCUAUGAACACACGUAAUGAUUGUAAUCAGUCUUCCAGUUCUGACUCUUAUAAAUUAGCCCAAGAAAGGGCUGUUACAUCCCAUUUAUUACAGAACAAUUCGGCUACAGUGAACUUGUUGCAAAACCUAAAUAAACUGUUGCCUUCCAGUGUUGGCAACCAAAUGGAAUGUGUUCCUCAAACGAAAACAUUGCCACAGCACAGUGAUUCUUCAGCAAGUCCUCAGAUGAACAGAAGGACUCCUAAUCAUAACGUAAACUUUUUGUCUGGUGUUGGUCAGACAACUACUGUAAAUUGUGAGAAUCAAACUGAUCAGUCAAAUAACCAAACCAGCACUUUGCUGCAGCAGGCUGAUUUUUCUGUAAGUCCUCAGCAGAGCAGGAAGAUGCCUCAAUUUCAGGUUAAUGUAACCCUUGUACAAAGUAAUGGUCCACUAAGGAAUAAUGCAACUAUGGAAAAUCCCAGUGUUCCAUCGAGUAUCCAGGAAACCCCUUCACCAACUGCACAAAGUGCAGAUGUUUUAUCCAGUUCAUUAGAAGCCAUAGAUACUUGUCUCACAAUGUGGAAGACUAAGCCACAUAAUGUGUCUGGAGCAAGUCAACUUUUGUUAACACAAAAUAAACAAACUGUAGUGGACAGCACCGCGUUGAAUGGUGAUUGCUUAAAUGAAUGGUUAAAAGACCCUUCUGUCAUAUGUAAUGAUGCUCCAGUUUCAAUAUCUGCUAUUUCUUCCCUUAAACAAGAAGCAGGAUCUGCUAAAGUUGGUGAGCCUCAAAUUGCCAUUGUUUCCCCACUAGUACAAUCCAAAAUAAAGCAUCAUACAGAGGUCCAGCCUCAAAUAACAAACGAACCAGUCACCCAAGAAGCUACUACCCUGCCCUUUAGCAUUACAAAUGAAAAAGUUAAUUCUUAUCUGGCCAGUAUGGAAAAUAUCCCUGGCACGGCUCAUGGAGGCUUUAAACAUCGGUUAUUAAGUGAACUUGAGGCUGUAAACACCGUUCUUCAAACAAUAAGCUCUGGUAGAACAAUGCCUCUGUUGCAAGAGGAUACACAAAAUACCUCAUUUGUACGAAAACAAAGCAUUAAUGAAUCUCCCAACCAGCUGCUUAUCCAAACUUCAAAUGAAGAAAGUGAAACUGAACAAGACGGUAGCUUUCAAAUAUCUAGUAUCUGUUCCCUCGCUGAAGGAAACUCCUUCUAUGACUCAUCAGUUGCCAUGAUGUUUGUCAAUUCAUCUUUACCACAGGAAGACAACUUGUGCCUCACAAAAACUGAGGUGCAAGAUGGUCAGGAAAGAGAACCUGAACGAUGUUCUUCUGAGACUCCACAGAUGGAACAUGCUACAGUUAAUGAUGAUCAUAAACUAGAGACUACAGAUGAGGUAAAGGACACUAAUGCAACCUCCCAUUCUAUAGCCUUAAUGUCUGAGUAUUUACAUGGAUCAGACACUCUGAACCUUAAUGUUGAAUAUUCUUGUACUGAGCAGUCUCCAAAUGAAAUGGCUACUGCUGACUUAGACUCCACAAAACUAUCUGAUCAGUUGACUGAGCUGUUAUCGGAAUUCCCCUAUGGAAUAAAAAAUUAUGUGUCAGAACUUGCUGAUAAAGUAACAAACCCUGUAUCUUCACCCAUUAAGGAAGAACAAAGUCCAGUUGGUAAUGGAUGUUCCUUACUUGAAGAACCACCUAGACUUCAGCAAGUAUUAAAGGAAGAAGUGCCUUCAGUUAAGACUUUUUCUAUGUCAUUUAAAGAACUACCUCAAGCUGAGCACCCAAACGAUGAGAGUAAUUUAGGUGACAGUGUAUCUCUAUCCGUUAAGGAAGACCUACCUAUACUUGAGAGAGAAUCGUCCCUACUUCUGGAAAAUUCUUCAUGUUCUGAGAAAUUAAGUGAGCUGCCCCUUCCUCAGCUUGAGAGAGAAUUGCCUCUACUUCUAGAAAAUUCUUCAUGUUCUGAGAAAUUAAGUGAGCCGCCCCUUCCUCAGCUUGAGAGAGCAUCACCACUAUUUCUGGAAAAUUCUGAGCAAUUAAGUGAGCAGUCCCUUGACGGCAUACAGAUUACAAUACUAAGUCAGGAAGAAAGUGCUAAACUUUUUCCUGGUACAGCAGAUACGGAGUUGUUGCAUGAUUUGCCUGUGGAAAAAAUGGAGGAUACAAGUAAUGCAGUGCUGGAUGAAUCCCAGUCCAAAGAUGGUAUUGAGAAGUCUGAUAAGGAGGAUGUGGAAAGUUCAUCAAAGAAAGAAAUGCCUGAUGAGUUUUGUUGCCUGUUUAAAUGGCUCACGUAUGCAUAUGGGAAAGCACCAAAAUGCUCGUGUAACUUGGCAGAAGUCAAAAGUGCUAAACAGUCUUUAGCAAACACCGUGCUUGACAAAACAUCUGGUUCUUCUGACAUAAAUGACUCGUCAAAAUCCACAAAUACUAAUUUUAUAGAUAGUGAGCCAUCUCCAAACUCUGUGUGCCAAUCUUCAGGUGAAAAUGAAGUGUCCUCAUUUGUGAAGCAGACAGAAUACAAAGAGGUGCAAUCUGUCGCUAAAUUUAAGCCUCCAAUUUCAAACAGUACCCCAAACUUACACGUGGAGAAGUUAAAAAGAUCUGAAUCCUGGGGAAAGAAAGCUACCAAAUCUGUUUAUGAAAACAACAAAUAUGUCAAACUUGGAAAACCUGACUGCAAGAAUGGUUCAAGAGAGGAGGCUUCAAAAAAAGCUAAAUUUGACUCCACAUCUUCAAGAAAACCAGAUAAACUGAUAAUUAAGACUGACUUUUUGAAAAACAAGAACUUUAAAAAAGACAGAGACCGUUCACCAGAGUCAAAAAGUGCUCAAUCAGCAAAUGGUGCAGGAGAUUGUUCCCAAACAUCCACCUCUCAAAACUCAGCCAGGGAGGUCAUGAAAAAACACCAUUCAAAAAAAGCUAUAAGUGAAAAUGUAAAACAGCCUGUGCGGCAACAUCAUUCCACAGAGCGGUUUUCAAAAUCUAGCCUGGAAAAAUCCAAGCCUUUCUCGUCCAGCCUUGAUAGUGACAUGCCCAUGAAAUCUGCGAACAAGUGUGAUAAACCAAAAACCUUGCCAGAUUACCUGCAAAGAAGACCUUCUAACAGCCACGGCAAAGGGCAGGAGCCAGUAUUCACACAAACAAAAGGUCAGGAAAAAUAUUCUAAUAAAUACUCACAUCCUGAGAAUCAAAAAAUGGGACCUAACUGGAAUGGGCAUCGAACAGGCCGUAUGAACAUAAAAUCUCCUGCAAAAGCUAAACACAUUUCCUCAAAAGUGAGCUCUGAGCAAGCAACAUUAACUAAAAAUUUCAAUCGCUUAAAAAGAGAACUAUCGAAAAGUAAAAGCUACAUAUCAAACAAUAGCAGGCAAAUUAGUUCUAAGCAGAGCACUCAAGGGAGAAUGUCAGCCUCAAAUAAAGUGUCAGAUCUGACAAAUUCAUCAGCAAGUAAAGAUAAAAUUUAUUUGGGUCCUUUUCAUACGUUGCAAAGUCCAUCAUCUCAGAAUAGCAUUAGUCUAACAAAGCUGGAAGUCAGGUCUGCACCAGACAAAUCUGGAUUCAUUCAUGGUGACAGGAGGCGUAAGUCAUUUGAGCAAGCUUCACGGACUAAUACGUCAAGUACUCUUGUGAAGAAGACAAGUAGCCCAAAAAUGCUAGAAUUCAAACUCUGUCCUGAAUUGUUACAGAAAAGUCCUUUGGCACAUGUCCACUCGGAAGAGCCAAAGACCAAAAAUGAACAAAAUAGAAUUGAAGGAAUUAAAAGCAAGAAGGAGGCAUGGUUUAAAGAUAUUCCAUUUAAAAAACGUAGACUUGAAAGCUUUGAAGAACAAAAGGACCAGGCUUCUUCACAGUCUUCAGGACCUACUCCAUCUUCUCCAUUAACUGAAACGGAUUCUGCGCGGCAAUAUCAGGAUUCCAAAGCUGCAACGUUUCAGGCUUUCCAAAAGAUUUUUCUGGAAAAGAGAAGCCGGAGUCUCGAAAGCUAGCUGAUCAAAAACCUUUUGACUUGAAACUGCUGUAAUGGCUGUUUGACUUUUUCGUUUUGCCUUCUUGUUCUAUGAAGGCAUCUUCACUGUACAAAAUUUACAAAACCGCUGUUGAUGAUCCAGUAUUAAAUAGGGCAUGUUGACCCUGACACUAAAAUAUGCAGUUUAUUUUUUCACUUUUUUAUGGUUUUAAUUUAAUGUACGUCAAACACUGGCGGUUUUCUUUGUUUACAGUAUGCUGCUAUAAAAAUGGGUUUACACUUUCUCUACAUUAAGACUUUUUUUUUUUUCUUUCUCUCAGCAGAAGCCAAAAAACUCAUGUUUUCCUACCUGAAAAGUGAGCAACAAACUGCUGUUAAAGUGAGCAGAUUACAUUGUGAACUUUAGCUGCUAGGUCAAAACUUUGCACUAUGUUCAUUAUAACAGUUUUUUGUUAUGAAAUCUUUUUGUUAUAGAAUUAUUUUCACAAGUUGAAUAAAACCUUU